GUCAAUUCUCAGUGCAGCCAGCAAGGUUGCUGGUCGUGGCAGCACGACAGACCGGCACGUAAGUUGUCGUUGCUUUUUGUACAGGAAGCGCAUUUGUAAUUAAUUUUUCAGACGGAUUGUUGGGAGUUUUUGUGUAAGCUAUUAGGUACCGAAUUUGUACCCUCUUUCGCCUCAGUCAUUUUUUGUAGCAACGAAAACUUUUACCCGUGCCUCACUCACCUCUUGUUGGUCACACGUAGCGUCUCAGCUGCUCAUUUACUCACACGAACCUGAACAAAUGAAACAGGUGGAGCAGGUGCACCAAGUUUUACUGAAGAGUAUUCUUCGCACUCUUAGGAGAUCAGCAUGUCACCAUGGAUUAAGCAGGUUUGCCUUGUUCUUGCGGCAGUGUUCAUGUUGUCCAGUACAACAGAGUCAAAGAAGGAUGAAGCAUUGUAUUGUUCAGCCUGCAUGGCGAUUGCAGAGGAGAUUAACUAUUCAGUCAGUCAAACUGAUCCAAAAAAGACGAUUCAUGUUGGUGGAUUCAGACUUAAACCCGAUGGAAGUCUUACAGACAAAAAGGUUCCUCUGGCUAGGUCUGAGGCUUACUUAACUGAACUGCUGGAAGAAGUUUGCAAUAGCAUGAGCGAUUAUGCUCUCUAUGAGGACCCGGACACCAAAGAAAAGAGCUACAAGAGAUUUGCACCAAGAGGAAAUGAUGGCGUGAAUUUUCCCGAUUUCAAAAAUUUUAAGUUUGAUGGACCAGAGAGUUCCAGUGCCUUGAAGUUUGCUUGUGAAAGCAUUGUGGAAGAGUUGGAAGAUGAUAUCAUCUCCCUCUUCGCCAGUGAGGCAGACCAUGUGGCUAAGACGUUGUGCAGUGAAGUAUCAGGUCACUGUAAGAGCUCCGUUUUCCAGCACAGCGAACUUUAGUUCCAGAUUAGCGUCUGCUGAAGAACACUCAAAACCUGGACCAAAAAUGAAGACAUUAAAUAUUUUCCUAAAGUGUGUUAUUGUUUAGAAUUUUUUAGUAACUUCAAAAUUAUGAUGAUAAAAAUUAUUUGACAUUCAUAAAGCGUAUUACAACUGCUUCCACUGUUGAUUAGUGGGCACACUCUUCCUGUAUUACUUUCAUAUAUAAUAUAAUAUAAUAUAAUAUACUGAACCUGAUUUUAUUCCGAUGACUUGUGAUUUAAUUUACAUGCUUAAUUCCUUAGUUCAUUUUAACCUCAAUUUAGUUUCAUGGCAUUCACUAUGGUA